UAUAGAUAUAUAAUUCAUGAAAUUUGAAAAUUGGCGGCAACUGGUGCUCAUAGUUACAUUAGUGAUUGAUUAGUGUUCAAGUCGUUUACAUUUGAGUUUGGAACAAAUCAGUUUUAAAGCAAAAUGAGUGCACAAGGAUCACCAUCUAAAAUUAGAGAAUUACGUUUGCCUAUGGCAAGAGUAAAAACAAUUAUGAAAAGUUCUCCUUAUGUUGACAUCAUCGGGCAGGAUUGUUUAUAUUUAGUCACAAAAGCUACGGAACUAUUUAUACAUUAUCUGACAGAAGAAGCACAUUUACAAAGCAAUAAAGGACAUUUAUUAGAUUAUAAACAUUUGGCAGAAGUUGUACAAACUAAUGAUACGUUGGAAUUUUUAAGAGAAAUAAUGCCUAGAAAGAUAACAGUUAGACAGUUUAAAGAAAUGAUGGCUGCCAAGAAUUCUAACAGUAGUUCAGAAAGUAGCUCAGAUUCAGACAGUGACAGUGAAUCGGACACAGAUUCUUGUUCUGACAGUGAUAAUAGGAAAACAGAAGAAAACUUAUCAAAUAGUGAUCAUGGAAGUGAUACAAAAGCAAAUGGUAAAUGUCAUUCAGUCAGUGACCAAAGCGAAGCCAGUGGAAAAAGUGACAGUGAAGACUAAACAAAGAAAUGUGACUAUAGACAUUUAUUUUGAUAAACUUUUUUGUAAGGUAGACUUACCAAAUCAUUACAAAGUAAUCCAAACUUAAUAAGAAAUUAAUUAAACUUCAUAAUUACUUGGUACUUCAAAAUAAUAGUAUUAGAAGUUUGGUAUUUUUUUAUGGAUUUGUUUGAAUUUAUUUAUAUGUUGAAUGAAACAUUCUUCAUUCUUGUUGGAACUUCUUGGUCAUAGAAUUGCAUAUUCUAUAGAUAUAUUGCAAGUACAUUUUUACAUUUUAUACAUAAAAAGGCCUUAUUUAUUUUCACAUUGUAGCAACCUAAGAAGCUUUUUGCUACUUCGAUCAAAUAUUAAAACAAAAUAAAUGCAUUAAUUUUUGUAA